UAUAUUCCAGCCACUAGAAAAGAAGAGAGAAGAUAUUGAGAGAGGAGGAGGAGGCUGCAGGAUCACAUUUUCCAGAUUCUUUAACUUUGCUUCAUCGGCCGACACAUAAUGAGCGGGAGCAGAAGGAAGGCGACGCCGCCUAGUAGGACGCGAGUUGGGAACUAUGAGAUGGGACGAACUCUUGGUGAAGGAAGCUUCGCUAAGGUCAAAUACGCCAAGAACACCGUCUCCGGCGAUCUUGCCGCUAUCAAAAUCCUCGACCGAGAUAAGGUCUUCCGUCACAAAAUGGUUGAACAGCUUAAGAGAGAAAUAUCGACAAUGAAACUUAUUAAACAUCCAAAUGUUGUUGAAAUCAUUGAGGUUAUGGCUAGCAAAACUAAGAUCUAUAUCGUUCUUGAGCUUGUCAAUGGAGGUGAACUCUUUGAUAAAAUCGCUCAACAAGGGAGACUUAAGGAGGAUGAAGCUCGGAGAUACUUUCAGCAGCUCAUCAAUGCUGUGGAUUACUGCCACAGCCGAGGGGUCUACCACAGAGAUCUCAAGCCUGAAAAUCUAAUCCUUGAUGCAAAUGGUGUUUUAAAAGUCUCUGAUUUUGGGUUAAGCGCCUUCUCACGGCAAGUUCGGGAAGAUGGUUUGCUUCACACAGCUUGUGGAACACCAAACUACGUUGCUCCUGAGGUUUUGUCAGACAAAGGCUAUGACGGUGCAGCAGCAGAUAUCUGGUCUUGUGGUGUAAUUCUAUAUGUACUCAUGGCUGGUUACUUGCCUUUUGAUGAGCCAAAUCUCAUGACAUUAUACAAACGUAUAUGCAAAGCUGAGUUUAGCUGCCCACCAUGGUUCUCUCCUGGUGCCAAGAGAGUCAUCAAGCGUAUUCUCGAACCCAGCCCUGUAACCAGAAUAAGUAUUGCAGAGUUACUAGAAGAUGAAUGGUUCAAGCAAGGAUACAAGCCGCCAUCAUUUGAUGAAGAUGAUGAGGACAUAACCAUAGCUGAUGUUGAUGCUGCUUUUAGUAACUCCAAGGAAUGUCUUGUAACAGAGAAGAAGGAGAAACCAGUAUCCAUGAACGCUUUCGAACUUAUCUCUAGCUCAAGAGAGUUCAGUCUCGAAAACUUGUUUGAGAAGCAAGCCCAACUUGUGAAGAAAGAGACGCGGUUUACUUCACAACGAUCUGCGAGUGAGAUAAUGUCAAAAAUGGAAGAAACAGCAAAGCCAUUAGGCUUCAAUGUCCGUAAAGACAACUACAAGAUAAAAAUGAAAGGAGACAAAAGUGGUCGUAAAGGUCAACUCUCCGUAGCUACAGAGGUGUUUGAAGUGGCGCCAUCGUUGCAUGUGGUGGAGCUUAGGAAAACCGGCGGCGAUACCCUCGAAUUUCACAAGUUCUACAAAAACUUCUCAUCUGGAUUAAAGGAUGUAGUCUGGAAUACUGAUGCAGCCGUCGAAGAACAUAAGCAAUAAGAACAUAAUUAACAAAAAAGCUGUUCAAUUCGAAAUUUUUAAUUAAAAGUUGAACUUUUGUAUAACGAACAGAAAAACUCUGAAGUGGGCUAUGGAGGUAAUGGAUCCAUAGGCUAGCCUUAGCCAUAUGCGAUCUUCCUCAAAACUCGGGUUGGCCUUACUUUUGUUUUGAGUUUGAGUCAAACCUACAAAGUCAAACAAUUCAAUUAGUCAAAAAAAAGGUCCAAUAAAUGAAGGGAUUGUUCCGUCCGUUA